AUGACCGAUUUAAGUGCAUCGACAAUAGAAGUCAUUACUGCGAGCAUUAGUUCGCAAAUAACUAAUGCAGAUGAAAAUAAAACUGAGGAUGAGGAACCAGUUGAAGUAAUUGGUGAGCAGAUUGGUGCCGCUUCGUUAUUGUACAGUGACUUCGCUACAGCGAUCAGCGAAUCGUCUCUCAAGAUAUCUUCAUCAUCACGAGAAAUCGAUAAAGCUCAAACAAAUGCUGAAAUAACACAGACGGCUGUUUUAUCCGAGAUGGAAAGUAUACCAUCAGCGGUUCUGGCAUCUGAAGAAGGCGUUCCAACACCACCACCAUCACCAACAGUAAGGAAAACGACUGCAAGACCAAGUUUGUUUUCAUUAGCUCAAGUUUCACAUAAACUUGGCGAACUCUGGUCAAGCGCACGAGAACGCGUUUUUGGUGAAGAUUACUGGAUACCAUCCGACUGUUAUGAAGUAGUGCCAUUUCCGACGGAAUUGUUACGAGCUCAUAAUUCCGUCUAUCCUCAUAGUAAUAGCAAAAAAGGAUUAUGCGUUGUGCAGGGCACACUGAAAAAUCGACCUGCAGCACCACUAUUCCAUGUGCUAUUUUCGAAGGAAAAUGAACAAAAAAACGACAGCAGAGAGGGAGAGAUUGAAUUGCUUGUUACAGUAAGCAUAUUCCGAACCCAUGAAAUCCAAGAAGCUAUCGAUUUAUGUAAUCGAUGCUUUGAUUGUGAGGCACUGUUUAUGCUUCUUGACAUGCAAAGCGAUAACCGCAGGUUAGUACGAGAUUUGGUAACUGCUCUGCGUGCUCAUCCGCUCUGGCUAAUUGUUCCAAUUUCAAUCGCGACGAAUCGAGCCGAUUUCUUUACAGAUGAAAGUAUUAAAAGGUUUCAGGCAACAAAUAAGGAUUUAUUUGAUGUGAUGCUUCAAGUAACUGCUCAGCCGGAAGGUCGUUAUCCGUUGAUGCUUGCGAUUGAAAUGCACCGCUUGGAAAUCGUUCGAAGACUUCUAGAACUUGGUGCCGAUCCGGCAGCACGAGAUAUUAAGGGGAAUAAUUCAUUACAUUAUGCAGCCUUAGCUUCGGUAACUAUGUUAGAAUUGCUUUGGGAAUUUGAUAAGACGCAUUCUCUCUUGAAUACAACCAAUCACGAUGGAUAUACUCCUGUUCUAAUUGCAAUCCGGAAUGCUAAUCCACGAAUUGUAUCAACGUUAAUCUCACAUGGUGCUGAAGUCAAUAUUCGUGUUGCUGGGCGAUCUCCACUUUUUGAAGCAAUGCAAAGUAAAGGGAAAUCAGCGGAAGUAAUUCGAACAUUACUAGAAGCUUCUCCCAAAUUGUUACAUGAAAAAGAUCCAGCCACAGGAAAUACAGUAUUACAUGCAGCACAAUUUAAAACACCUCUAAUGGGAUUGCUAUCUCUUAAACACAAAGAACUUAAUCUGAAUGCACGCAACAAUUCUGGACAGGCACCGAUUCAUAUGUACGUCAGUAGAGGUGAUGUUGGUAUGGUUAUGACUCUGUCAUCCUAUAAUUGCGACUUGAAUGUGUCAGAUCGAAGUGGGGAUACUGCUCUACAUUUAUCUGUUUCAAGAAGGGACUUAUUAAUGACUCGAUUACUUCUGUGCUUAGGCGCUGAUCCAAACGUAAAGAAUAAACAUGGUGAGACGCCGAGGCAUCUUGCUUCCAAACUUCAGGAGUGGGAUUUAGUGAAGAGUCUUGCAAUUUGCGGUGCACGCCGCUGUGAAAGUGAAGGAAAAAGUGGAUGUGUUUCUGGAUGUGUGAACGGCAAGAAAUUGGACGAAAUGAAAGAUGCUUCGUGGUCAUUGAUAGAAAGCGCUGAAAAUUAUAUAAUUCCUCGAACUGGUAGUUCUGCUUUCAUGGAUGAUCUGGAAACAUCCGUAGAUGUUAAAAUUAGCAACUCUAUUCAGGAUUUUAAGCAGAAGUUUUGUUAUGAACGCAUGAUGAAAAAAUUGGAAGAAUUGAUGACAAAGAAAGAAACUCCGGAUUUUGUGAACUUAUUGUCACUUGAUGGUGGCGGGAUUCGCGGUCUUGUUAUCAUACAAAUGUUGCUGGAACUUGAAAAAGUUAUGGGAGAACCAUUUUUUUCGUAUUUUGAUAUGGUUGCUGGUACUUCUACAGGUGGAAUCAUUGCUGCUGCUUUGGCUUUAGGGAAAACAUUGCGCGAAUGCCAGCAAAUUUAUUUGCGGUUGAAAGAUCUUAUUUUUGAUAGCUGGAGCCGACCGUAUAAUACGGCUUUAUUAGAAUUAUUCAUACAAGCAGAAGUUGGCACAAAUAUGACUCUUGCUUCUAUACCGUGGCCUAAAAUGAUUUUGACAACAGUACGAGCUGAUUGUUUCCCAGUACGUUUAGAAUUAAUGAGAAAUUUUCGACUACCGUUGUCAGACGAAGAAAAUUCAUCACUCGGAUACACCGAUCCCGCUGAUACUUUACUGUGGAAAGCUUUGCGUCGAACUUCAGCAGCACCAACAUAUUUUAGUUCUGUUGAUAAUAGAUAUAUUGAUGGUGGUAUUAUUUCAAAUAAUCCAGCCUUAGAACUGCUUUCUGAAUUAGCUUUUUGGAAUACUACGAAGCAUUUUUUAACAAGUUCAGAAAAUAACUCUGUACAGCUGGGAUGUUUAUUAAGCGUUGGCACCGGUGCUAUCCCAACAAUGCCUUUAUCAACAUCGAAUUUAGAAAUUUCAUCAAAUCCCUAUUCUUCUGCUGUUGCCAUUAAGAAUCUGGGAGUUAUACUCGUCGAGCAGGUAACAGCAACGGAAGGAGCGCCAGUUGAGCGGGCUCGUUCUUGGUGUCACAAUAUGAAUGUGCCGUUUUUUCGACUCUCCGCACCACUUCAUAAAGAUAUUCCGAUGGAUACGCGGGAUGACACUGAUAUAGCACGUAUGAUGUGGGAUUGUGUACAGUAUUGCAACACGAUGCGUUGUGAAAUGGAGAAACUGAGUGGACUUCUUAGAAAGCUGGGACCCUCUUGGCGCAGACGACAUCUUUUCGAAGUCAGGAAAGGUGAAAAUGACCAGGGAAUGCAAACGACUGAUCGUUCGGAUUUGCUUUAA